AUGGUCCAGUUCAAUUACCAAGCACCCUGGGUGACAAUAUUGAAUAGUUGCAUUAAUAAUGAAUUGACAGCUACUGACCAUCAACCACCAUUUAUUACUUGCCAAUUAGCUACUAUUGACACAAACACAGGGUAUCCCAACAAUAGAACUUUGGUAUAUAGAGGCUGGUUGUUCAAUAACAAAUCCUCAAAUGUACUAACAUUCACUACUGACAAGAGACUGCAGAAAUAUAAUGAAUUGUUGAAAGAAGACAAAGUUGAAGUAGUGUUUUGGUUUAGCCAUAUCAGGAAACAGAUUAGAUUUAAGGGCAAAGCAAGAAUUCUAGACAGUGAACAUCACCCAAUUAUUGAUAUUGAACAUCUCAAGUCAGAUGAGGGAAUGAACAACACGGGUGGAAAAGAGGUGGAAAAAGAGGCCAAGUCGGAGGAGGUGGAAAAGCAGAGACAACCGAUCCAGUCAUCUUUAUUUUCGCCAACAUACCUGUCAAAUAAUCUAGUUCAGGAUGACUUGAGCACUGCAGAUUUCAUACCGCCUUCUUCUCAAGAAUGGGAUCAAGAAUUGCAAAGGUAUUGGGAUGAAAUGUCGAAAUCAAUGAAAACGUCUUUUAAAAAACCAAUACCAAAAAGUCUAAUGACCGAAGAAAACCAGAAAUUAAUCAGCAAGAUUCAUAGAGGUGUAGAUGGUAAAAAGGAUAAUGAAGGAAUCAAGAACUUUGCUGUUGUUGGUAUUUUCGUCAACUGGGUUGACUAUUAUGAACAAGAUAAGGAUAAGAGAUUUAUUUAUGAAUUGGAAAAGGAGGGCCAUCAAUGGACUGAAUACGAAGUGUGUCCAUGA